GAUUACCUUACACAAAAACUUGGAAUCUAUGGAAGAACAUUUAAAGAUGAUUAAAAAACAUGCUGUUAAUAUAAAAGUUCAACAUAACAUAAAUCAAAAUAUUCUCACAGCACACUCAGCAUUAUUAGAAAAAGAAGAUCAUUUAUAUAAAAUAAGCAAUAGCACAGAAUCAAAUCUUCGUCAAGAAAUGCGAGAUUUUACUAAAACUUGGAAUGAUGUAAAUGAAAGAGUAUCGAACAUAGAGAAAGAUUUAGCUAAAAUAACAAAGAAAAUAGAAAAUUCUAAAAAAGCAGUCAAAUUUGACGAGAACGAUUUAUUAAGAUGGGAAGAAGUAUUACAUAAAAAAGAAGAAGAUAAUGAAUUGAUAGAAGAAUAUAUGAAGCAAGAUACAAAAAAAUAUAAGGAAUUAGAACAAAAACGCCAGAAGCUAAGUAUAGAAGUAGAAUCUUAUCAACAAGCAAUAGUUAAAGCAGUUAACGAAGCACAAGAAAUGGAAAUAGCUUUAGAUAGAACUAUUAAACUUUAUGAUAAGGCAUUAAAAGAACGACGACAAAUGAUAAACCAAUGGACACAAAGUGUGGCUGUGUUGAGGCAAAGAGAUGAUAAUAUACAAGCUAGAUUAAGAGAAUUAGAAACACUUCGUGAAGUUGGGAAACAUAAAACGGAUCUUCUACAUGAAACAGAACAAUUUUUGAAUGAUCAAAUUUUAAACAAUAAACAACUUGAAGAAUCAAUUAAAGAGUCAGAAAAGAAACUAAUUAGUAUAAAAGACGAGAAUCGUAAGAUUGUGAAUACAAUUGGUACGUAUGAAUUUGAGCAUCGUACUAAGAAAAAGGAUAUAGAGAAUUUGGGUCGCCGUGUGCAACAAAUAAGAACGGAAAUAAAACGUAAGAAGAAUGAUAUAGAAAAUAAAAUGAUAAAAAUACAAGAUUGGAAGAAACGAAUCGAAGAUUCAAAAAUGACCUUAGAUGAAAUUGAUGACAAAAAAUUAAAUGUUGAGGAUAGAACGAAGCAAUUAGAAGAAAUGAUAGAGGAAGAAGAAAAACGUAAAUCAAAUAUUAUCAAAGAGGCAAAUCGUUUGCAAACAUUAAUUUUACGUACUGCGAAUGAAAUUUCCAAAUUAAAUAGUGAACAAAAAAUUCUGGAAAUGCAAAAUCAAAAUGAAAGAAAAAAAUAUGAAUUAUUAUUAAUCAGUUAUGACAAAGAGAAAAGAUUAUUGGAAGAGAGGAAAGAAUCAUUGUAUCAUGUUGAAUUUAUGGUACAUAAAUGUGAAAUAAAAUUAGAUCGUGUUAAGGGUCAUGAAAAAGAUCAAACAGAAAUUGAGAAAAAACAGAAAACGAUUGAAGAUUUGAAAAAUGUAUUAUCAGAGAAAAUGAAAAUAGCUAAAUUGUUAAAAACACAAAUUACAAGUUUAGAAUACGAUAGGAGAAAAAUUACCAACAGCAUAGCAAAUGACAGUGAAGAAUUAGAACAUCUAAAAAAUAAAAAGCAAGAUCUUCUAUUACUUGUGGAUGGUGGUGAAAAAACAUUAAAAGCAGCACAGAGUCAUAAUGAAGAAAGACAAGUGGAAGAAAAUAUAUUACGUCUAAAAGUUUCACAAAUCGAACAAAUGAUGUCAAACGUUGGAGAUAAGGUCUAUAAUUUGCAAAAAUAUAGACUUAAGCUAGAUGCUGCAUUAAGAGAACGUGAAGAAGAAAUUGCAGUACAAAAAGAAGCGCUUAUGAUUCAGAAAAGGGUUGCAGCAGGUGAAUGUUCACAAUUACGUAAUGCUAUUUCUGAAAGAAGGAAUCGAAUAAAACAAUUACAAGCACGAUAUGACAGUGGUGUUGCUGUAUUUGGCAGUAGUACUGAUGGAACCACCAUUACUACAACUUAUCUUAAAAUUCAAAAUGCUCAAGAAAGGUAUCUUUUACAAGAGCAAGGCGACAAGCUUGAUGAAACUAUAAGAAAGACAGAAUCUGAAAUAGUUGGUAUAGAGAACACAUUGAGAAUAGUAAAUGCUUGUAACAAUAAAUUCAAAAGUAAUUUGAGUAUAGUCGAUGAAACUGGACCAGAUCAAGAAGAACAAAAUAAACUUGAUGAACAACUAUAUAAGGAACGAGAAAAUCUAAAAAAAAGACAACUGCAUAUGAAACAUCUAACAGAAGAUUUUCAGAAGAUGCAAAAUAAUUAUACUUUGUUACUUGAUGAUAUACAAAGAACUAAAGAAGAGAAAGAUAACAAGGAACAACAGCUUUCUAAUCUUAACAAACAAAUAACUGAACAAGAUGAGAAAAUAUCGAGAGCUGAAAAGAGUCUUCGAAAAGUUCAUAGAGAUAUACAAAACAAGUGUACUUGUACUGAUGAUAGUUUGAUACUUCUACAAGAAAAAGAUGUAAACUUGCGCGAAAUACAAGAACAAAAUGCAUUGGCUCUUGAAGAUAUUGCAGAAUUUACAAUUCGCCAUAUAGAAGUAGAACCUUAUGUAAAGAAACUCUUAGCAGCCAAAAACAUACAAUUACCUUGCAUUUGUAGAUUAAUAGAUCGAUCACCUGACAUAACCCGUUGUGGAAGUACUACAGAAUCAACUGAAUGUAUAAUUAAAAGUACUAAUCGUACUAGUGCUUUUCCUUCUUCGAGGGAAAGUAUUAGUAGCAUUAUCACAUUGGAACCUUGUUUCGAUAAUUGUAAGUAGCACUAUGUGUUAUUUAAAAAUCUAUAAGAAUUCAUAUUUAUAAUUUUAUU